AUGUCACUGAACAAUCAACAGAAACAGAGGCAGGAGAGCAUUCAACCGGGACAAGUCACUGAUCAUAAUGUACCUUAUGACAAGAAUGAACCCACUAGAACGAAAUCCAUUAUGAAAGUGAGUGGUACAUCCGGUGCUGUGGUAUCGAACACCCCAGAAGCUGGGCUGAAACGGGCUCCAAAAGUUAUGUUUAGUAACUCGGAUACAGCAGCUAGUAAUAGUAGUGGUGGUGUAGUUGUCGCCGAUACAGCCAAUGGCGAUAGAAAGCAACUACAACAAGGAAAUGAUUCGAGAUACUCCCAUAAGGAAUUGAAUGAAGGAUCAUUUGCUACACUGACUAGUAAAUUAGAAGGGACAUAUACUAAAGAUUCGGCAAGUUUCAGUGAAGGUAAUUCAACACCAAAGUCUAUGUUGACUGGAGGAGGCACCAAUGGAAAUACGAACGAACAUGCCCAUUUUGUUGUACAGGAUUCUUUACAUAGUCCUCCACAUAAUAUGCAUACAGGUAAUAGUAGUAUAGCUACGAGUCCUCGUGGUUCAAUUGUCUCUUCGAUGAUGACUUCGAUUAAACACAAAGAGCAUGAAAUUAUGGCUACAGAGGCCUCUAUACACAGAAAUUCUAUAAAGGAUACUGGUAAUGACACAUUAAUUCCAAAAAUCUCCACUGCGAUUGAAAAAGAUAAACUUCCAUUGAAAAAGGAGAUAAAGACAAAUAUGACUACAUUCUUCCAAGACCAAGAUGAUGGUAAAUUACACGUGUUACUUGGUUGUACUGGUCCAAUUCAUAUUCCAAAAAUUAAACUAUUUAUAAGGAAAUUGGAGGAUAUUUAUUCGAAAGAUAAGAUAUCAUUUCAGAUUAUUUUGACAAGGACUUCAACUAUGUUUUUCAAUAAGAGAAAAAUCCCCAAGAAAACUGUCGCAAAUAUUUCAACUGACUCACAACUACAACCACAAACUUCUGAUAUGGUGCCUCCAGAUUUCCCAAGCAAUGUAAAAAUAUGGAAACAUAACGAUGAAUGGAAUAGCUGGACUCAGAAAUCCGAUCCUGUAUUUCAUAUAGAAUUAAAACGAUGGGCUGAUAUUUUAGUGAUAGCUCCUUUAACAGCAAAUACAUUGGCCAAGAUGGUUCUUGGGCUAUGUGAUAAUUUGUUAACAAAUGUUAUCAGAGCAUGGAACCCAGCUUUCCCAAUCUUUAUUGCGCCAUCGAUGGUAAGUAGUACGUAUAACUCUAUUACUACAAAGAAACAAUUAAAAAUGAUUAAAGAAGAUAUGCCUUGGGUAACAAUCUUUCAACCCUCUGAAAAGAUCAUGAGCAUGCAUGGGAAUAUUGGUCUAGGAGGGAUGAUGGAUAUUAAUGAAAUUAUAGAUAAAGUAGUAAUGAAAUUGGGUGGUUAUCCAAAAAAUGAAGAAGAAGAGUCGGAUGAUAAUAAUGAUGAUGAGGAUGACGGGAGCGAUCAUCCCGGUAGUAAACAAAAUGGUAAAGAGGAUGACAGAAAUAUCAGUGACGGUGAAGACGAUGACGAUGAAGAUGAUGAAGAUGAUGAAGAUGAUGAAGAUGAUGAAGAUGAUGUUGACGUCCAGGUAAGUAUAACUCCUCACCAAUAA